CGUCACGCCGUUCCUGUCACCGCCGUCUCCGUCAUCCUGAGUUGCACCAACGCGAAAGAUAAUAGUGGACGCGACGGAAUCGAGGGGAAAUCUCACGCGGUGCCGUGACGUUUUGCGCGCGCGACUAUAGCCGUUAUUUAUUUUUCGGAGCCCACAGGAAGACAAGUGGCGAGUUCUUCGUGCACGUUCCACGUCCGCGCUGACUGUCAUCGACGCGGAAGGUUUCGCUUACUGCGCGCGGCCGCGCCCGUCAUUGCGAUCUCUCCGAACUUGCUCGCCUUCGGAGAAAAGAGGAUAUGACACUCCGCGAAAUUGACGUAUCGCGUACAUCUACUUGCAUCUACCCGCGCGAGGAUCCCUCCGGAGAUCGAUGGUGUGUGUGUACGUACGCGCGUGAUACAUUCGACUCGUUGGCAGUCACGGCUGGAGUGAACAGCGGUGCGUCACGCAACGAGAUUACUCUUUAAACGGGAAUGCAUCCAUCCGUUUUUCGCGUUGCCAGUUCAAUUGUGUGCAUGCGAGAGCCGAUUGACGUCUGAUAGAACGUUUUUACCGCAAUUUUAUGACGUAGCGAAGAGCGCGACGGUAAAAAGAAAACGGACAGUUCGAAUCGACCUUUAGUGGUAAUUGUACAAUAGCAAUAAUUUCCUGCUUGUAUCCUGCCGUUCUAUCAACGUCUCCACUUGGUGUGCCACGAUUUCACGGUAUCUUACAUCGCUAAUAGAGCAGUACGAUUUUAAAGUAAGGUGUACAUCUUUACCUCCAUCAAUGCUUUUGUUGUGAUUCGGGGUAUUUGGAAGUUUUCUAUAUUUCUGGGCAAGACCUAGAGUUGCAUCAACAUCACCAGCGAUAUUUCAUUAGUCAAGAAUGGCAAUGCAGAAGAUGAGAAGACAAGGUCAAGACGUCAUGCAGGUGAACCUAGCAGGUAUUAGGCGAGAUAUUAUGAAUCUCGCCCAUAAUUAUAGCAAUGCUCAGAAAGCUGUACGAAAAGCUACCAGCAAUGAUCCUUGGGGUCCAAGUAGUACACUUAUGGCAGAAAUUGCCGACUUAACAUACAAUGUUGUAGCAUUUACGGAAAUUAUGCAAAUGCUAUGGAAAAGAUUAAAUGAUCAUGGGAAAAACUGGCGACAUGUAUACAAAGCCUUAGUCCUCUUAGAAUAUCUUAUCAAGACGGGGAGUGAAAAGGUAGCGCAACAAUGUAAAGAGAACAUCUUUGCCAUCCAAACUUUAAAAGAUUUUCAAUACAUGGAUGGACAUAAAGAUCAAGGAAUUAACGUGCGGGAAAAAGCAAAACAACUAGUGGCCUUAUUAAAAGAUGACGAGAGAUUGAGAAAUGAACGUGCUAGAGCAUUGAAAGCAAAAGAGAGAUUUGCACAGUCUGUUAGUGGAUUUGGAAGUGAUGGUAUGGACACUAUGUCGCCUGGUAGUAGUGAUUUCCAAGAUUGGGAGCCUUGUCACUUAUCGGAACCAACGGCUAGACGUGCAACGGAACUGGAAGCCGCAAGACCGCAAACAGUAGGCGAAGAAGAAUUACAACUGCAACUAGCCUUGGCUAUGUCUAGAGAGGAAGCGGAGCAAGAAGAACAAAGAAGGCGCAGCGAUGACGUUAGAUUGCAAUUAGCCCUUAGUCAGAGUCAGCAAGAUUUCAAAACUCCGCAAUCCGAGAAGCAAAGUCAUAUGAUGGAUUUACUCGAUGUAAAUUUGGGCGAGGCAAGCGGCGGCCCAAGUUCUGUACAAACUGACCCAUGGGGUAUCCCGAUAGCUGCGCCGCCGCCUAGACCGCAGUCUUUGGAUCUAUCUCAGUUUCAUGAAUACCAGCCGCAGAACGAUCCGUGGAGUGUUCCAACAACGAGUACCACAUCGCCUCCAAUAGAUCCAUGGACACCAGUUCCUCCACAGCGACCAAGGUCUUCAGCGGCUGCUAUCGAUCCAUGGCGUGCACCUGCCCCAUCUCCGGCUACAGUCGUGUCUCCUCCUCGUACGAACGAUCCUUGGUCACCAGUUCCAUCUACGACUACUGAAUCAGAGACGAAUAAGCCGCAGACGGCCCAAGAUGGCGUGAAAUCCCCAUCGCCGUCUUUUAACAAUUCAGCCCUAACGCAAAACAUCGGCUUUGCAGCGCAAUCGCCUCAGAAUAUAGGUUUCAAUUUGCCGCCAGUGUCUUCGGCCACUACUGCCAGCAACGGUUUCAACGGUGCGGGGCUGGGCUUUAGCAAUUUUUCCACUCAGAACAACGGUAACGCCGCCGCGACAAGUCCGCUCAGCGAUUUAGAUGAAUUCGACGUAAUCACUAACAGAGGAAAAGUUGGAGCUAGUCCACAGACGGUGAACAAUGGAGGCACGGCAUCCUCGGGAGAUCCUUUUGAUCUGGGAGACAUAGCUGAAAAUCUUCCCGCUAGUACUGGCGCCGUGAAAAAGACACCACAAUCCUUUUUAGGAGAAAAUUCUGCGCUCGUCAAUUUGGAUAAUCUUGUUAGUGCUUCGACAAUUAAACCUGCAGCUCCUACGCCCACAGCAACCAUGUCAUACUCAGCAAAUCCGUUUGCAACUGUGACGCCACCACCCCGUCCUACAAUCAAUCAGAUUCGACAGGAUCCAUGGACAGCGAAUACAACUUCUACGGCUAAUCCGUUCCUCUCGUAGCCUGAUUGACCGAACAAUCGAAAGCUCUAUAGUUGCUACGGUCUAUGAGGCGUGGUUUGCAGUUCUACAUGUAGCCCUAUACGGUAUAGAUCUUGAUUAACGAUAAAAUACGAUUUUAAUUAUAACAAUUAUGAAGAGGAAAUGAUGCGAAUAGAACUGAUACGAAACGGAGAAACAUCCCUAAUAUAAUGGAUAUUUUAUUGAUAUCUCAAAGCAUUACACUUUUUGAUGAUUUAUAUUGCGACACAUUUAUGCUCGUUGUGCAAGUUUCUCUAAUUUUCUUUUUCUUUGCAUGUACUACUACUUUUUAAUGUUUAUUGUGGAGUAAUCAUCUAAAAACUAACUGGUAGAAACGCGUGGCAUACAUAUAAUUACGUAACAAAUGAGUGAUUUAAAGAUGCAAUAUUUACACGCAAAUCAUGUUUUAACUUUGAACGGGUCGCUUAUUCAAGGUACGAUUAGAUUUUAUAUACACUCCCUUCUCUAUAUAAUCUAUUUUCUAUGUAUGAAUCGAUUCAGGGAAAAAAGAUUGCUCAGUGACAUCGCUUUGCGCUGCUGGGGAAGAAUGUAAAAUAACGCUGGUGUUGAGAUCAGUUUAUGUGUUUUAUAUUUGUACACACGUUUUCUAUAGUAAAAAACGAGAUCGUGAGACUGUAAUCGUGAUUUGUAAAAGCAUUAUUAUAUCGGAGAGUUCCGUUCACGUUAUACAUUUAAAAUACGUGUCGAUUAUGGUCUGUGAAAAAUUCAAUGUUGUGGCUUGCUUUCUAACAGCAAAAAUCCGUAAUAGGAGCAGCUACUGUAUCGCAAUGUGUACACGAAUUUCUCACAUAACUGCAUAGUCGGUCAUUCACGAAUGACAUACUGCGACCUAUGACACACCAAGGCACUUUUAAACAAAAACGCAAUUGUGAAAGUACCAUUCACGCUAACGAUACGAACAUUAAGGAAAUAAGCCUUAUUAUUUUUAUUUUAUCCAAAUUGACAGUUUUAAUCAACUGCACGUUAGCAGAUGCUGUAAGCACUGUAUACAGAUUUGGUGUAGCUGAAAAAUCAAAUUCACGAGCGAUAAGAUUGCAUCUAUCGUAUUCGAGAAUCAUCGUUCUAUAUUUAAAUCGAAAUAACAAUCCGAUAUCGAAGGUAUUUUCAAUUAACAAUUUUCACCGACAUCCGAGGUUAUUUAAGAGCGAAGUCGCUUGUAGGAUAAAUUUAGCAAAUCUACAAAAACAAAGUUCUUGCCUAUUCGCUCAUGUUUUUUAAAUUUACAUGACUCGAAAAUCAGAAUUCUUUAUAUACAAAGUGUACAAGUUACAAGCGUAUAUCCUGAUUUAUAUAAGAAAUGUACAUAUAUAACAUGCAUACAGCAUAUUCCCCAUUUGUCAAAUGUUUGUAGUGCUCUUAAUGAUGGACGAGAUGACGAGAAAUUUUUAGAAACAACAUUUAAAAAUUGUACAUUGUCAAUCUUGUGUUCUACAUUUGCGGAAAAAACUUGCUGAACUGUGUAUUUCUUAAGGUAUACUAUUCAUAAUCAUUAUCACCACUUUUAAUUAUAAGACGAUGUUAUUCUUAUCACAACAUACAUUUGUUUAUGAGUAGUAACAAGAAUUUUUCCAAUAAACAUGAUCAGCAUUUUUUCUUCAGACUAAUGUAUUUUACAGUUUUAUACGAAAAGAACUUUUUCACUAUAUAGCAUUGACAAAGGGGGAUUGUAUUCGCCUAUCUUUAUCUAAGUAAAUCAGAAGUUGCACGAUUCAAGCUAUUCUAAGUAAAUGUCGAGCAAAUAAUUCCAGUGUAUUAUUUAUGGUUAAAUCUAAUUUGUUGGCUUUAUGCAGUUUUAACAUAUUUGCUUAUAUGAGUGAAACUGUAUAUUUAAUAUGUAUUUAUCCCGCUGUUCGCCAGAAGAUAUGAAGUUAAAAUGUAUGAGAUAUGGACGGUAACACGUAAAAAUUUAAUUAUGCGAUAAUUAUUUUCAAUAAUUUGGAAAUAAAAAUGAUUGUAUUAGCCAUUGUGCCUGUUGAAUAUAGCAUGGUGUAUAUCUUAGCAUCCCGUAUUUUUCUUUUUAGUUUUAUUUAUGUAACUAUAUCUUUUUUACUUGUUCUAUUUACAUAUAAAUCGAAUAUAUAAAUCGAAAUCAUGAUGUAUACAUAGCUUCAUAUCUGUGCGGACAGUGGAGUAUUUUUGUUUAGCUUUUAGAGCUGAUGUAAUUGCAGGAAAAUUUAAAGAACAUUUAUAAAUAAAUAUUAUAUAUUUUAGUA